AUGCAUCUGGAGAGGAAGGAGUGUACCGAGGAUUCCGACAACUUCAUCAGAACCAUCACAAGCUCCAAAGGUCGACUUAUCACGGGCAGGGAUGCACGCUUCGCCAUCCGUGGAACUGAGCAGGCAGCUGAUUUCAGAGUAACAGGUCACUGCACCUAUGCAAUACCUGGCUACUGCGACGAUCCGGUCCCAGCUGGUCUCGAAAAGGUCAGUGAUGGACGAUGGGCAUACCGGUGCCCUCACGCAUGGAGGUUUCUGCUUGGGGAAGAAUGCGAAGAUAAUUGCAGCAUGCUUCUCUUCGUGGACGACGCGAGAAGCCACGAGAUAUCCAGUCUUCCGCAGGCUCUCCAAUAUUGGCCUGAACAGUGGAGGAGGGAGCAAAACUGGCGCUACGCGGCCGAAAUGAUGCAGCAGGAAAGUUCUUCUAAGGAGCCUGAGACAGCUGAUAGCCUCGCGGGGAGUCUGUCCAUGGUAUCUACUCAACAUGGUUGGGGCGACUUUGGAAGCCGGAGUUCCGGGAAGAGAAACUAUUCUGCUCUUCUGACACCAGUCUCAACCGUGCCAUCCACAGUCAAGGACGAUUUGAGGAACAGUUCACGUCAGAAGCAGCAGCCCAGUCCGGCCAGAUCUCGCGAUGAACUUGACAGCGUCAUGCGAAUGGCGACGGGAGCUCGUGCAAGGAGAGCAAAGGCAGAAGAUGAGGGAGCCGAAGCUAGAAAGGAGAUGAAUGAAGCUCGACAGAAGAUGGAGGAAGCCGAGAACAAAAUCCAGCAAGCUGGCCUGGAAGCUAAGAAAGCUGACGAGGAGGAAAUCACGGCGCUGAAGAGAGUGACUGAGCUGGCAUUGGCGCGGAUUGGUUUGAUGGAAGAGCGGGUAAAUCCAAAGAAGGAACAAGACUCGGGAUGGUGAUUGAACUUGGUAGCCUCACCCCUAGGGAUUCUUCUCUGGGAUGAUGGGCGGCGAGU